AACUCACCGAGUUGCUCAAUAAGUGAGAAAUUUUGAAGACGAAAAAUGGGCUCUUUGAACACUUUAAAAAUCUAACAGAAACUGACAUCCAAACUAUGACUCCAAAGCUCAGGGAUUAAUACACUCUAAUUUACUUUGCAUGCAUGAAGGAAGAAUUCGAAGGAGAAAAAGACCUGGAGGAAUUGAUAAAGGCGAUUUGCCACUAUUUCAAGGAAGAUGCUCACAUAAUUUUGCAACACCGAGAGAUCAAUUCGCAAAAUCUCAUGACGUCACAUCCUGGAAUUUAUAUUAUAGAAAACACAGGAGAUCAUAUGAUAUUCUACAAAGGUCAAAAGGUUCAGAAAGGACCAAAUGUCUGGGAAGCGUUCGAAAUAAUGUUCGCAAUGUAUUACAUUUUCAAGGAAUGCUUUCCCAGAGAGAUUGCUUGUACACUGGAUUUUUUCUAGCGAGACAUAUUAAAAAUACAUCCAACAAAUGAAACGAAAAAAACGAAAAGAAGUAUGUCAAAAUGUAAUAUGAAAGUUGAAUGAAGAAAAUAAAAAAAAAAUUUUUUUGUGAACAAUGCGUCUUUUGUACUUUUAAAAUGUUAAAACAUUCAAAAUUAAACAACUUUUGAAUUAAACAAAAAAAAUCAACAAAUUUUAAAUUAAA